ACCGCCACGCCGCACAGGUUCUCUCCCCCACCUUCUUCUUCAUCCCUCAAUUCUUUCGUUUCUACUUCUUCUUCUUCAAUGUAGCCGCCCAGGUUAUUUCUGUAUCGUUGUUCCCAAUUCUUUUUCUUUUGUUCUCUCUUUUUUUUCGUCGUCCAUUACCCACCCCCACUCUUUGCUUUCUUUAGUUUUGUUAGUAUACUAUUUUAAGUGGUGGGGCCCCAAAAAAAACAAAAAAAUAAAAAAUAAGAAAAAAUUCUGAAUGUGGCGGAACAAAAUAAAAAUCCCUCUGGCCCGAGGUUUCAAGCCUUGGCCGCGAAGACAUUACAUCAAUGGUGGCCGUAUCACUCUAAAAGGCAACCUUCAUAAAGUUCCCAAUUCCCCCACAGUAACAAUUCCCUUGGGUAGUCACGAAGGAAUUCCCAAUCUGAGGGAUAUUGAGUUUUGAUCGAGAGAGAUUAGGCGGUUAGGGUUUUGGAUGGAUGAAGAGAAGAGAUGAGAAGAGAGAGCAGACUGGCGUAAGAUAGACCGCUGCUGUUAGUGUGGAGAAUCUUCGAAUCACCCAACUUGAUUUUGGUGGUUCCAUUCCUUUUUUGUUUUCAGCUCUUCGCGUGCAUCGUACGGUCUGGUCUAUUUCACGCUCAUCUGCUUUCUCCCCUCUCUCUAUCUCCUUUCCUGCCUCCUCUCAAGGGAAUCUCUCUCACUUGGUGUUUGAGCUGGAACGUUGCUUUACAGUUAUUUGUUUUAAUUAUUACUGUCGUAUUUACUGGAGAUAUUGCAAGUAGAGAUUAGCUUGUUCAUAUUAUAUUGCCACUUCAGUUUACACUCGUAGCAAGUUAAAAACAAAAACACAAAAAGUGCAAAAAAAAGUUGUACUGCUGCUUCUGUACUGGUUGUAAUCUGUUUAUUUUGUAAUUUUUUAGCAUUUUCUAUUACAACAGAAUGUCUAAAGAGGAGGGUGUGGUGGAUUCAGUUAAUACUUUUACUGCUGCUGAUGGCAGAUCGACUUACUGGCUAGAUGCCUGUGAGGACGUAUCAUGCCAUGAUUAUUUUGCUGAUUUUGAACCUGCCACAGCUGCUUCUGUAGUUCCUGAACUGGAAGGACACUCUCAGGGAGGGUGCCAGGACCCCGGGUUUUUUGGUGGGAUCGAUCAAAUUCUAGAGAGUAUAAAAAAUGGUGGGGUUAAAUCACCUGUUGUUCACACGUCUACUAACAACGUCCAGAAUGAAUGUGAAGAUUUGUACUCAUCUUCCGCGCAAGCCUGUAUCUUGGAUCAACCUAUUGUGCACAAGCUUGCAGUUUGUAAUUCCAAUGGGAAAAGACAGCUGCCUCCCUAUAUUGAAGGAUUCAAAGAUGAUGAAAUUGACAUUAGCAAAGAUAUUGGCAGUGUUGGCAACAGUCAACAAAGACGCGAUGGAAAAGUUUGUGGGAGGGGUAAGAAGGAGAGGAGAUUAUCGGAUAGGGGUUCUGGAAGAAAGAGAUUGCGUGAUUGGGAUGAUAAUCAAAGUGAUGGGAAGGUUCGGAACCAACUAAGGAGAAGAGAUCGCAAUAGCAUGGCUAAUUGGAAGGACAGAGACUCUAGGGAAGCAAGGGGUUAUUGGGAGCGCGAGAGAGAGACAAAUGAAUUGGUUUUUCGAAUGGGUUCUUGGGAAUCUUGUCGAAAUAAGGAUGAAAAGGUGAUCAAUGAGAAAAAUAACACUUGUGCAGACGAGAAGAAAGCGGAUGAGCCUAAAGAAAAACUUCCUGAGGAGCAAGCUCGCCAGUACCAGUUAGAUGUUCUUGAACAGGCCAAGAAGAGAAACACUAUUGCUUUUCUUGAAACAGGGGCUGGAAAAACACUAAUUGCUGUACUCCUUAUGAGAAGCAUUUGCGUUGAACUACAAAAACAAAAUAAGAAAAUGUUGGCUGUCUUUUUGGUGCCUAAAGUUCCUCUUGUUUAUCAGCAAGCAGAAGUAAUACGUGAGCGAACAGGUUAUCAAGUUGGCCAUUACUGUGGUGAAAUGGGUCAGGAUUUCUGGGAUGCACGGAGGUGGCAGCGUGAGUUUGAGAGUAAGCAGGUCUUGGUGAUGACUGCUCAAAUUCUUCUUAACAUUCUUAGACACAGUAUUGUUAAAAUGGAAGCAAUCAAUCUCCUUAUUUUGGAUGAGUGUCAUCAUGCUGUGAAGAAGCAUCCCUAUUCUUUAGUAAUGUCGGAGUUCUACCAUACAAUACCUAAGGACAAGCGUCCAUCAGUUUUUGGGAUGACCGCAUCUCCUGUGAACUUGAAAGGCGUUUCUAGUCAAGUUGACUGUGCACUAAAGAUUCGCAAUCUUGAGAGCAAAUUAGAUGCUGUUGUUUGUACCAUAAAAGAUCGUGAGGAGUUGGAGAAACAUGUACCAAUGCCUUCAGAAAUGGUCGUGGAGUAUGACAAAGCUGCUAGUUUAUGGUCUCUCCAUGAGCAAAUAAAACAAAUGGAACAGGCUGUUGAAGAGGCUGCUCGGUCAAGCUCCCGGAGAAGUAAGUGGCAAUUUAUGGGAGCAAGAGAUGCUGGGGCCAAGGAAGAGCUGCGGCAGGUUUAUGGUGUUUCUGAGCGGACUGAAAGUGAUGGGGCUGCUAACUUAAUUCAGAAACUUAGGGCAGUAAAUUAUGCACUGGGUGAACUGGGGCAGUGGUGUGCUUACAAGGUUGCACAAGGAUUUCUAACUGCAUUGCAGAAUGAUGAAAGGGCAAACUUUCAGCUUGAUGUCAAGUUCCAAGAAUCAUAUCUACAAAAAGUUGUCUCUCUUUUACAAUGUCAUUUGUCCGAAGGAGCCAUUUUGGAGAAUAAUACUGGAGACACCGACAUGAAAAGUAGUGCUAACGACAAUGGUGCUGACGAUUUAGAGGAAGGGGAGCUUACUAACAGUCAUGUUGUCUCGGGUGGCGAACAUGUUGAUGCAAUAAUUGGAGCUGCUGUUGCUGAUGGAAAAGUGACUCCAAAGGUUCAAGCAUUGAUCAAAGUACUUCUGAAGUAUCAACAUACUGAGGAUUUUCGUGCUAUUAUAUUUGUUGAACGUGUUGUAGGUGCACUGGUUCUUCCCAAGGUGUUUUCAGAGCUUCCAUCUUUAGGGUUUGUUAAAUCAGCAAGUUUGAUUGGGCACAACAAUAGUCAAGAAAUGAGAACUAGCCAAAUGCAAGAUACAAUUGCCCGGUUCCGGGAUGGUCGGGUGACUGUUUUAGUUGCCACUAGUGUGGCUGAGGAGGGACUUGAUAUUCGACAAUGCAAUGUUGUCAUUCGCUUUGAUCUUGCAAAAACUGUUUUGGCAUACAUUCAGUCCAGAGGUCGAGCUAGAAAACCUGGAUCAGAUUAUAUCUUGAUGGUUGAAAGAGGAAAUUUGUCCCACUUAGCAUUUUUAAAGAAUGCACGAAAUAGUGAAGAGACUUUGCGGAAAGAAGCUGUAGAGAGGACUGAUAUUAGUCACCUGAAGGAUACCUGCAAUGUAAACUCUGGUGAGCCAGUAGCUGGUACCAUGUAUCAGGUGGAGUCUACUGGUGCUGUUGUGAGUUUAAAUUCGGCAGUUGGGCUCAUCCACUUUUACUGCUCCCAGCUGCCAAGCGAUAGGUAUUCGAUUCUUCAUCCUGAGUUUAUCAUGGAGCGCCAUGAGAAACUUGGAAGUGCUACUGAAUAUUCUUGCAAGCUUCAACUUCCGUGUAAUGCACCAUUUGAAAAACUGGAGGGACCUCCAUGCAGAUCAAUGCGGCUUGCACAACAGGCUGUUUGUUUGGCUGCUUGCAAGAAACUUCAUGAAAUGGGAGCAUUUACUGAUAUGCUACUACCAGACAAGGGGACUGGAGGUGAGUCUGAUAAAGUUGAAGAAAAUGAUGAUGGGGAUCCUCUCCCUGGAACUGCAAGGCAUAGAGAAUUUUAUCCUGAAGGAGUAGCUCAAAUUCUUCAGGGAGACUGGAUAUUAUCAGGGCAAGGCUGUGAUGACUCCAAAUUGUUUCAUCUUUACAUGUAUUCUGUCAAAUGUGAAAAUGUUGGCUUCUCCAGAGAUCCUCUCUUAGCUCAAGUUUCGAAGUUUGCAAUAUUAUUUGGCAAUGAAUUGGAUGCAGAGGUAUCAUCAAUGUCAAUCGAUUUAUUCGUAGCUCGAUCGAUGAUUACAAAGGCAUCACUGGUCUUUAGAGGGCCUAUAGAAAUUAGAGAGACUCAGUUGUCACUGCUUAAAAGCUUCCAUGUACGCAUGAUGAGCAUUGUAUUGGAUGUGGAUGUUGAACCAUCCAACACUCCUUGGGACACUGCAAAGGCUUAUUUAUUUGUUCCUUUCACCGGAGGUGCAUCGGCAGAUCCACUGAAUGAUAUUGACUGGGCUCUCGCUGAAAAUGUUACAAAGACAGACUCAUGGAGCAACCCCCUUCAGAGAGCCAGGCCAGAUGUUUACCUUGGCACCAACGAGCGGACACUAGGCGGAGACCGCAGAGAAUAUGGAUUUGGAAAACUAAGACAUGGUAUGGCCUUUGAGCAGAAAUGCCACCCUACAUAUGGGAUUCGAGGAGCUGUUGCCCAGUUCGAUGUGAUAAAAGCUUCUGGGUUAGCACCAAAACGAGAUGGUAAUGAAGUGGCCUGUCAAGUUGAUCUAACAAAAGGCAAAUUAAUGAUGGCUGAUUCCAUAAUUGAAGCAGCAGAUUUGGUAGGAAAAAUUAUCACUGCAGCUCAUUCUGGAAAGAGGUUCUAUGUAGAUUCAGUGCGAUUUGAUAUGACUGCUGAGAACUCAUUCCCCAGGAAAGAAGGCUACCUUGGUCCUCUGGAGUACAGUUCAUAUGCUGAUUAUUACAAGCAGAAGUAUGGGGUAGAGCUGAUGUAUAAACAACAACCUUUAAUAAGAGCUCGUGGUGUUUCAUAUUGCAAGAAUCUUCUGUCUCCAAGAUUUGAACAUUCAGGAAGUGGCCAUGAUGGUGAAUCUGAUGAGGUGCUUGAGAAAAUCUAUUAUGUUUUUCUCCCUCCGGAACUUUGUUUCGUGCAUCCACUGCCUGGAUCUCUGGUCAGAGGUGCCCAAAGAUUGCCAUCAAUUAUGAGAAGGAUUGAAAGCAUGCUGCUUGCUGUGCAACUUAGGGAUAUUAUCAACUACCCUGUUCCUGCUUCAAAGAUCUUGGAAUCCUUAACAGCAGCAUCAUGCCAGGAGACUUUUUGUUAUGAAAGAGCAGAGCUCUUAGGUGACGCAUAUCUGAAAUGGGUUGUGAGUAGGUUUCUUUUUCUGAAGUAUCCGCAGAAACAUGAAGGCCAGCUUACUAGAAUGAGGCAACAAAUGGUAAGCAAUGUUGUUCUGUAUCAGUAUUCCUUGAACAAGUGCCUCCAAUCGUACAUCCAGGCAGAUCGAUUUGCUCCAUCUAGAUGGGCUGCACCUGGGGUGCUUCCUGUCUUCGACGAAGACAUCAAAGAAGACAGGUCGUUCUUUGACGAGGAGAUGGGUGCUGAUGAGAGUUCAAGGAGGAGGAUUCGUGGUGAUGAUGAAUAUGAAGAAGACGAUAUGGAAGAUGGUGAAUUAGAAAGUGACUCGGGUUCUUACCGUGUGUUAUCUGGCAAAACACUGGCUGAUGUUGUGGAAGCAUUGAUUGGUGUAUAUUAUGUCGAAGGUGGAAAGAAUGCUGCAAACCACCUCAUGAAAUGGAUCGGGAUUGACAUAGAUUUUGAUUUGAAAGAGAUUAACUAUUCUAUCAAACCCACUACUGUUCCGGACAACAUACUGAGAACUGUUGAUUUCAAUGCAUUGGAAGGUUCCUUGAAGGUGGAGUUCAAGGAUCGGGGCUUGCUUGUGGAAGCUAUAACUCAUGCGUCGCGGCCAUCAUCUGGGGUGUCUUGUUAUCAACGACUAGAAUUUGUGGGUGAUGCAGUGCUGGAUCAUCUCAUCACACGACACCUGUUUUUCACGUAUACAGAUUUGCCUCCAGGACGCUUGACUGACUUACGAGCCGCUGCUGUGAAUAAUGAGAACUUUGCACGCGUAGCCGUUAAACAUAACCUUCAUACACACCUCCGUCAUGGAUCAAGUGCUCUUGAGAAACAGAUUCGGGAUUUUGUGAAAGAGGUUCAGAAUGAGCUUUCCAAACCUGGAUUUAACUCAUUUGGGUUGGGCGAUUGCAAAGCCCCUAAAGUUCUUGGUGAUAUUGUGGAAUCCAUUGCUGGGGCCAUCUUCCUCGAUAGUGGCUGUAAUACGGCAGUUGUUUGGCAGGUCUUUCAGCCAUUGCUGAACCCUAUGGUUACACCCGAAACACUCCCAAUGCAUCCUGUUCGUGAAUUACAAGAACGUUGCCAACAGCAAGCAGAAGGUCUCGAAUAUAAAGCCACCCGUAACGGGAACUUGGCCACUGUGGAAGUUUACGUCAAUGGUGUUCAGGUUGGAGUAGCCCAUAAUCCCCAGAAGAAAAUGGCACAAAAGUUGGCCGCUCGAAAUGCUCUUGCUGCUUUGAAAGAGAAAGAGAUGGCUGAAGCCAAAGCAAAUUGCGACGAAAAUGGGAAAGAGAAAAAUGGGAGCCAAACGUUUACCAGGCAAACGUUGAAUGACAUCUGUUUACGUAGGAAUUGGCCAAUGCCUUUGUAUAGGUGCGUUCAUGAGGGUGGCCCCGCCCACGCCAAAAGAUUCACAUUUGCUGUUCGGGUCAACACUUCGGAUCGAGGCUGGACAGACGAAUGCAUUGGCGAUCCAAUGCCUAGCGUCAAGAAAGCAAAAGACUCUGCUGCAGUCCUCCUCUUGGAACUUCUGAAUAAAUGGCUCCGCCUGCCCUCGCGCAGAAUUCCAAAUUUUUGCCCUAUCAAUUAUCGACGGUGGCCGCCCAAUCUAGGCUAUUGUCGGCCACAGGUGCCCAGUGGCCGAGCAUUGGGCAUACGCUGCUUGGAAGCGUGGACGCUCAUCCCCCGGAUGCGGAAAGCCCGUGAGGACAGGGUACCCCGGCGCCUAUGUGCCCCGAUUUCAUUCGCAGCGGCGUUUCCGAUGCUGCCUGCAUACGAGCUAUGUCCGCCGCCACAUCGGUUCCCGCCAAACCACAAAAUUUUAAAAAUUAAGGAUAAAUUGCCUACGUCCCCCAAAGCACAAAAUUUUAAAAAUUAAGGAUAAAUUGGUUUU